GCCCUCGCAAUAUCGCCACCUCGGAAGCGAGUCAUGGUGGCGGCACUGGCGGCAGCGUGGCUGCUGCUGUGGGCCGCAGCCUGCGAGCAGCGGGAGCAGGACUUCUACGACUUCAAGGCGGUCAACAUCCGGGGCAAACUGGUGUCGCUGGAGAAGUACCGCGGCUCGGUGUCCCUGGUAGUGAACGUGGCUAGCCAGUGUGGCUUCACAGACCAGCACUACCGAGCCCUGCAGCAGCUGCAGCGGGACCUGGGUCCCCACCACUUCAACGUGCUUGCCUUUCCCUGCAACCAGUUUGGCCAACAGGAGCCCGACAGCAACAAGGAGAUUGAGAGCUUUGCCCGCCGCACCUACAGUGUCUCAUUCCCCAUGUUUAGUAAGGUCGCCGUCACUGGCACUGGUGCCCACCCUGCCUUCAAGUACCUGACAGAGACUUCUGGGAAGGAGCCCACCUGGAACUUCUGGAAGUAUCUAGUGGCCCCAGAUGGAAAGGUGGCAGGAGCUUGGGACCCAACUGUGUCAGUGGAGGAGAUCAGACCCCAGAUCACAGCGCUUGUGAGGAAGCUCAUCCUGCGGAAGCGAGAAGACUUAUAACCACUAUUUUCUACUCUUCCACCACCCCAUCCCAUCCACCUGUCCCCACCAACACAAACUCAGAUGGUGCUUCGAAGGGAGAGAUCCACUGACUCUCCUUCCUUCACUCUUACUCUACCUGUCCCGUCACUCCUGUGGGGGAAAAAUUCUAGUAUUUUGAUUAUUUGAAUCUUAGAGCAACAAAUAGGAACUCCUGGCCAAUGAGAACUCUUGACCAGUGAAUCACCAGCCAAUAAGAACCUCUAGCCAGUGAAAACACGUGGCAAAUAGAAGUUAUCAAGCAAUAAUCUCCUGCCCCGUAAGACUUCUGUAAAAUGGGACCAAUUCCUACCUCACAGGGCUGUUGUGAGGAUUGGGAUGAAAUAUCUGUGAAAGUGCCUAGGACAGUGCCAGCUAAAUAGGAGACAUUCAAUAAACGUUUUUUGCAUAUAAAUGAAAAAAUAACUUGUGAUCAAUAAAAACUCUCAUCCAACAUGAAUUUCUAGCCAAUGGGACUCCAGAGCAAACAUUUAGUACUUGUUGUUGUUGUUUCCUCUGUAUUAUUUUUUUAAUUACAAAAGAAAUGCAAGUUCAUUGUAAAAAUCCAAACAGUACAGCACAAUAUAAAAUAAAAAAUGAAAGUAUCCUC